ACACUGAUUCUUUGUGAAUGUCACCAAGAGAAAUAUAUUGGCGAUGGAAAAAGCAAAAAAUGUCCUGGAAAGAGUUGUUUUGAAUGGUGAUCCGAAUUUAGAUUUGUCUUCUUUGGAUCUUGACUCUUUGCCGUGUGAUAUUCUAUCUAAAACACUCCGUCAUGUCACCAUUUUGAACGUCGAUUACAAUGAUUUGAAAUACUUACCAAACGAGAUUUCUGUCUUAUUUUCAUUGAAAGAACUAUCCGCUACGGGUAACCAGCUGAAAGAACUUCCGUAUACUAUGGUAGAGCUAAAAAAACUGGAAUCACUUCACCUAAACGAGAACUGCUUACACGAAGUGCCUGCCUUUUUAGCGCAGCUGCAGCAUUUGCAAAUUCUGGACGCCAUUGGCAAUGGAAUCGAAUCCUGGAAGGAGGGACUUGCGGAAUGUCUGUCGGAACUGCGGCUGGAUGAGAAUAACCUGACAACCCUACCCGAGUCUUUCAGUCGUAUGAGGAAUCUAAAGGUAAUGGAGUUGGGAGAUAACAAUCUGACAAGCUUGCCAGAGGAUAUAGGUGCACUGAGCAAGCUAGAAAUCUUAAACUUAAGCCAUAACAACUUGUCUAAUCUACCACACUCACUGGGAGACCUACUUAAUUUAAAGAUGUUUGACCUAAGUGGUAACAAGAUUGAAAAUCUACCAGAAAAAUUUCAUUCUGCCAACACCAUAGAAAAUCUCUUUAUUGACAAUAACUAUCUGAAGUCCUUGCCUGCUUGGUUUGGACAGUUGAGUCACAUCAAGAAUCUAGGAAUAGCGGACAAUGAGUUGUCAGGAAAUCCUCUUCCAGAUUCCUUUGGAACUGCAUCUGGAAAGACAUUGAAAACUUUGGAUCUUUCUGCAAACAACAUCUCAAACUUACCAGAAACUAUAGGGGACUUAAAGAAGCUGGAGAAGCUGAAGCUUGGAAGUACAAUUUGUGAACUGGAAAGAAGGGCAUUUCAAAAUGGAAACUGGCUUUUAACACUGCCAAGUAGCUUUGGAUGGAUGUUGAACCUACAGAAGUUGUAUUUAGAUGAGAAUCAGUUAGUGGAGUUGCCAGAAAACUUUGGUUAUCUAGAAAAUUUGGAAUGGGUUGAUUUUGGUCAAAAUCGUCUGCAAAGACUGCCUCCCUCAUUUUGUUCCCUGUCUAAGCUUUGGUACCUUCAGCUGUCUCAAAACUACCUAAAAACUCUUCCUGAUGAUUUUGGCAAUCUUACUAGUCUGAUUGAAUUAAGGUUGAACAACAACUACCUUACAGAGCUCCCCAGUUCAUUUGCAAAUUUGACUAAACUUCAAACUCUUGAUUUGUUCCACAAUGAACUCACAAAGAUUCCUAAAGAACUGUUGAAUCUUAAGAUGCUCUUGAGACUGGACUUGGAUAAAAAUAAAUUUAAACUGAAAGCAUGGAAAGUCCCAAAGUUGACAAAGCAAGUUAAAUAUCCAGACAGAGAUCCGAGCUUGAAAGAAGACUGGCGUGGAAAGGUGAGGGAGGAUUAUAUCGACACUGGUGAGGUGAAAACUAUUGAGAUACUUAAUGAUGUCAAUGAUGCAAGUGAAGAUGACUCUGAUGAGGAUGAUGUUGAUGGCCUAAGUUAUAGUGAAGCAGCUUUAGAAUAUGCCAUGAAAAGAAGUUUGUCUAUUUGGAAGUCACAUGAAGGCCCAGAUGAGAGAGAGGUUCGUGAUAGAGAACAAACUACAAGAGGGUUAAUUCCCAAGUUUCCCUCAAAAUACCAACCUCAGGAGACGGAGACCAUUGUUGAACUUUCUAAAACCAUUUAUACGGAAAUUUUUGAAGAUGCCGAUGAUUUAUCUGAGAAUGAGUCCAAUAUGAGAAGUCUAGCUCAGUUGGAAGACCAUACAGACACAAAAAAUGCGAGCAUCAACGAUCUAUCAAAUGGAGCUCUCUUAGAAGGACCUCAGCAAGAUGGACCUCAGUCAAGAGGGUCUCUGUCAGAUGGGCCAUUGCCAAGUGCACUGGACACAGUUGAGGACUGGGAUAAGGAGAUUGAAGAUUCCUUGGCUUACAAUCUUGUACUGGAAACGUUUAAGCAAAGGAGUUAUAACAAAGUUAAUUUUCAAAACCAACUGCAAAACUUGCUUUACUCCUAUCCUCCUGCAUCCCAGGCCUUCACCAAGACAGCAAACUAUGAAUCAGCUGUUUACUCAUUCCCUGCACCACAUCUGUGCAGUGAUCAGGUGUCUUGCUCCUUAGAUGCUGGGCAGUUUGAUGAUGCUGAUGAGGAGGUGCUUGCUAAAUUGUGAGUCUUGUUUAAGAUACAUCUUGUUUGAAGUUUUAGCCAAUAUCAUCAGUUAUGCUCUGAACCUCAGAGGUUUAGUAUCACAUUUGUUGUGUUACAUUUGUAAAUUUUAGAUGGAAUGAAUUAGCUAUUCCUUUUUUCUUGUUCUGUGUAUUUUUUGUUGUACAACUGUAAGGUAAAUAAAUCCUAGUUGAUAGAGCAGAUUAUUUCUACUAACUCAUAGUUUUGUUUUUUACCGAACAUUGUGGUUAAACUAGAGCAACCAUGUUGAUGUAUUUUUCAUAACGGCAGUUUAGAGA